UUUUGGCGCGAAAAAGCCGCGGGUCCGCCGCGUCAGCGACACGGCUCUCUUCUCGGCCCUUCGUCGUCCUCAUCGCCUCGUUUCCCGUGGCGAAUCAAUGUCAAAGCUGCCGCGCGCUGCCGCGCCGGUCAGCCUGUGCCAUUGAUGUCUCACGGACGACGCAGUGAAGACCGGACGACGCGCGUCCCUCGCCCUCCCUCGCCCCGCCACGCGUACACACGGUGCCACGCGCGCGGGCGGCGUCUCGGCCUAUAUAUGACGCGCCCCGGCGCACUCGGCGACUCACACUCUCCCGCCGUCGCCGUUCCUCCCUCUCCUCUCCUCUCUUUCGCCGUCUCCAGUUCACACGCAUGGCCGAGCGCUUCCCAGGCGACGGCGCGACGGCGAACGGCUUCGGCCGCCGCCAUCUUCAUGAAGACGAGGCUCACCUCCUUUACGAGGCCGAAUACCCGGUUCCGCCGGACAUACGGGUGCCCGGGGCGUGAAGGAUCAACGCGGGCGGCGUGCCGGUGCCGCCGGUACCCACCGCACGCGUCCAGGAUCACGGCGACCGGAGGCGCUGCUGCCCAUGGUCGCCGUCGCGCCCCCGCCCACGGCGCCUCUCCCCGCCGCCGCUCGCGGCCGAAGCCGGAGCCCUCGUCGAGGCGGGCUCGAUCCCCGCCAUGGUUGCGGCGCAGCAGGCCACGCUGCACGCGCAGGUGGACCAGCUCCAGCGCCUCGUCGUCAACCCGCUCGCCCAGGAGAUGGUCAGGAGCCCCUCCCCUUUCUCCAAUCUCUGCAUCGUCGGCUCUGCGCGCAGCUCCGCGAGGCGGAGUGCGAGGCCGUGGUGUCCGUCCUCGCGCCGUGGUGGCCGUCCUCGCGCUCGUGCCGUGGUGGCCGUCCUCGAGCUCGUGCCGUGGUGGCGCGCAAUGGGUGCCGCCGAGGAUGCCGUGCAGCAGCUCGGCCUGCUCAUGGAGCUUUGGGAUGUGGUUCACCGGACAUGUGGGCGAGGCGGAGGCGCCGGCGUGCGUGCUCUCUCCCGUCUGCAUCCUGAGCAGCUCUGCAUCCUGUUGCAGCCGGAGCUGGGCUCCAUGACGAAUCUACUUGAUGCUCAAGAAUACUUGCUCCAGGAAGGGUGCAGACCGCCGUCUACACGAACAAGCAGAGAUACAUGCAGCUCUUCCUCCUCGUUGCUGUCCUGUACCUGACGCCGGCGACCUCGAGUAGAUCAACCUCGACCGCUGGCUGCUGCAGCGCGCCGACGGGGCAGGGCGUGAAGCCGGCGGCCUGGGCAGCUCGCCCACGCGGCGAACGGGAAGCGCGUGAAGGCGGCCAGCGGCCUGCGCAGCGCCGACCUCCAUGCCUCCAAGGUGUUUGUGCUAAUGCACUGAGAUAAUUUGGGGGUGGUUUGGGGUCAACGAGUGGGAAACAGCUAUCCCCAUACGGCGUGUUUUGUCCGGACGCCCCCCAAAGCCCUCUCCAAAGUUGUAAUCCGGAUGCUAUAUGGGGGCUGCGAGUGGAGAUGCUCUUAGGGCAUCUUCAGCCGUUGGCCCCCAGGACGCAUAAAAAUAGCCGGCGAUACACUCGGCGAUGGGGGCAAUUUUACGCUCAGUCGUCGCUCCCAGCUCGCCCCCAGGCGUCGAAAUUGACCCACUUUGCAGCCCAAUUUCGGCGAACAAACGGUCCAUAUGGGCGAGAAUAGGCUCAUAUUCGGCGUGGUUUCGCCGUGUCUCGAUGCUCAUUUAUCAACACAAUUAUUCCUUA